AUGCAGCGCAAAGAUCCAAGCGAGUUCGGCAAGAGUAAGCGCAUCUGCUUCCACAAGUUCGAGUUUGUUCUGCAUUGUAACUCCGACCCCGCUGCUCGUUGCUGGGACUCAGAACCAGUCUUCAACAUCGAGCAUUGGAAGUCAGCUUUUCCGGCGGGCGAGUCUCGGGAUGUUCCGUCGCAGCAGCCUCAGCCUCAAUUUGGAUACCGUUUCUUCCAUCUACUACGCUCACUGGACCAGCGACGCUUGAACGAGAAUCGACAGUCGAAUCGUCGCACGCUGACGGACAUUCGAAAUUGA